UUCCAUGUAAAUCUAUGUGAUUAACACUCUGCACACACAGAGUGCAACACCUGCAUGGUAUAUGUAUAUCUACUUUUUAACUUGAUAACGAAUUAUACACUUCAUUUCAUGUAGUAAAGGAGUCGAGUUUAAAUAUAAACUUAGUUACGGAAAUACAAUACUUUAAUUCACUAAAGGAUGGUAAUAGACAGAUGAGGGAUCAAAUGUAUGAUGGAUAGCAUACAAUUGUUUUGCUAUGAGAUUUAGAUGAAACACUGUACAAUUAUUUUAUUUGAACACGCAAAAGGACAAAACUGAUUAUAUAUUUGACAUUUCAAUUUGGACUUAUACAGAUUAGAUUUUACCAACUAUUGUCAAACACUGGUCAUUAAAGAAUGAAUUAAAGACUGGAACCUGAAAAUAAUGAAUUUAAGCGAAGAUUACGGAUUUAUCAAUGCGACUCCUAAUCCAUGCUAUGUGAUUAUAAACUCCACCCAUGUCUACGAUAUAUGUGGAGAGAUACCGAUACAUCAGUGUACACUCGGAAAUGAAUCGAAGAUUUACAGUAACUCAACACUACCGGAAUACAACAACAGUGUAGUCAUUCGGACAUUAUUUCUGGUUAUACUAGUCCCUGCUAUUUUGGGUAUCAUCUUGACCAUUAUCGUUCUUAGCCGGAAACACAUGUGCACAUCGACAAAUUGUUAUCUCAUAUCACUUUCAGUGGCAGAUUUGGGCUUUCUUAUUUUACUGUCUACAAAAUGGCUAGAAACGGAAGUUUCGGACUAUUUAACUUUCGAUAUUUAUUAUAGAUAUGCGCAAAUUUUUAUCGAUACAUUCCUAAUGGCUUCCAUCUGGAUAACUGUGAUGCUUGCGAUAGAAAGAUACAUAGCUAUAUGUCACUCACUCAGAGCUAAUGUUAUAUGUACUGUAAGACGAGCUGUAAUUAUCAAUGCUGCUGUUUUCUUUAUUUCAUUUGCAUGUAGAAUUCCGAAUUUUUUCGAAUACAGUAUUAAAACGGGAUGGUCUGAUUUUGAAUGCGUAGAUAAAAAGUAUAUUGAUUGGACUCGACUUGGCAAAAACACUAACUACAAAAUAGUAUAUGCUUGGGUGUUCGACUGUAUCUUGUGUGCUACAGUUCCAUUUUUGGCACUGUUGUAUUUAAAUAUGAGACUGAUUCUGGAAAUUAGAAAAUCUACUCAUUACCUUAUGGAUACAUUAGGAAACGGUUCAAACCUUUCUAACGUACUAGGAAGAGAACAAAGGCGUGUAACUCUCAUGUUGAUCAGUAUAGUCAUAGUAUUCUUUAUUUGUCAGGCACCAUACGUCAGUAUUUCAGCUUACCAGAGUAUCCAACGUUACAGCACGACAGGUUUAACCUUCCAUGCCAUCAACACGGGCCGAGAUAUAACUAUAUUUUUGUUAGCGUUCAAAUCUGCGCUUAACUUUAUUCUUUAUUGUUGGUUCAGUGAGAAAUUUUGGGAUACGUUCAAGAAAGAACUAUGCAGGAAAGUGUGUAUCUUUUUCAAACGGAAUCGUGAUAUGUUCAGUAGCAGGACUAACUCUGAUACGCAUCAUAACUCGACACACAACAAAUCGUUACGUAAAUGUUCAGCUCCUGCAGUCAAAGAGGUAUCUGUACAAAUGAAAGAUGUUCACUCUUAGGUUUUGUAAACGUAGCAUAUGACUAAUGGACACUUUUGAAGUCUGUUUGAAUGCAUUUGGUAAGGAUUUCCUUGAUGAAAUAUGCAUUCAUUGGCAUCUGUAAAGUUCACCGUAGUCCUCGCAAACCAAAGUAUUGUUCACAUUUUAUUGGUUGCUUUCAAUAACAAAUAUAAUUUUCCUAAAUUCACCUUAACGUAAUCAACUAUUCAAUGAAAGUGGUUCAUUUCCAUUACGAUUAAUUCUACAAUAAUUUUACUUGUAUAUACUUUGUCGUACUCAACAAGCGUAAGUCGCAAUAUUAAGGCAUUUUGAUGAAGAGGAAAUAUUUGCCUGAUGACAAAAUGGCGGAGUCCCACUUUUUUGUAGCAAAUUGAAUUUAUUUGUCAUUAACAUUUAGCUUUUAGAUUACAGAUCUUAUUAAUUUACGACUAGAAAACAAUUUACAAUAUAGCUAUAUGUUAUUAGUUUUCAUUACGAUUGAGGGUUUGUGAUAUCUGAACUGCCAUUUCAGCUGUCUAAAAGUCAUACAAGAACGAAUAUGCUAAGAUUGUCCGUAAAAAAAAACAUGAUAUCGAAUGAACAUGUAGAACAGCUUUUAAAUUUUUUGAAAAUAUGUUAUUUUUUUGUUAUAAGUAUUUGACAGAGGUUUACAUUUUUCCCGCCGCAAAAAUAUGAAGCUUAAUUAUAUGCAGCAUACUAUUUAUUUAUAGUAGAACGUAUCCACAAUUUAGCGCGUAAUAAUUCCCACUAUUGCAAUAAUGCAAUAUCACUUAAAACUAGCCAUGUUAUACGAUAACAUAUUUUUAAAUAACAUUUGUAUAGCAAAUAGAGUUGAAAUAAUAUAGCAUGUUAAUCAAGAGUUUAAAUGCCUUGCUUGCAAACUUUGUUUGGUUGUUUGCUCAGACAUUGUAAUUAAGAUUGACACCUAAAUUCAAUGGGUAGGCAGAGUUACAGUCUAUUUACUCUAUACAAAGGUUUGAUUGGUCCAUGAAUAUCAAAAUUGUUUCCAGUUAGGCAUCUGAAUCAUAAAAAGAAUCAUGGGCUAAAGGGGGUUCAGGAAAGGUAAAGUUAACCAAUUUUGAAAUGGAGUAAAAACGUAAAGCAUGAGCAGUUUUAAU